GGGCGGCGGGCCCGAGCGCCAGGAGUCUGGGGAGGGGGAAGCGCCCGACGGCCGCCUCCGCCACUGCAGCUGCAGCCCCCGAUGUCGCCGCAGUAGUCGCGGCCGCGGAGCACCCGCAGUCCCCGGCGGCCGCAGCAUCCGCACCGCAGAGCAGAGCCCAGAGCCCGCAGCCCGCAGCCCGCAGCUCCGCAGGAUGGCUGUCGCUCCUCCAAGUUACUGUUUUGUGGCCUUCCCCCCACGUGCUAAGGACGGUCUGGUGGUGUUUGGGAAAAAUUCAGCGCGGCCCAGGGAUGAAGUACAGGAGGUUGUGUAUUUCUCGGCUGCUGAUCAUGAACCUGAGAGCAAGGUCGAGUGCACUUAUAUUUCAAUUGACCAAGUCCCCAGGACCCAUGCCAUUGUGAUAAGCAGACCUGCCUGGCUUUGGGGGGCAGAAAUGGGAGCCAAUGAGCAUGGCGUGUGCAUAGCCAAUGAAGCCAUCAAUGCCAGAGAACCAGCCGCUGAGACCGAAGCCUUACUGGGGAUGGAUCUGGUCAGGCUUGGUUUGGAAAGAGGCACAACGGCCAAAGAAGCCCUGGACGUCAUCGUCGCCUUGUUGGAGGAACACGGACAGGGUGGGAAUUACUAUGAGGAUGCACACGCCUGCCACAGCUUCCAGAGCGCGUAUCUGAUCGUGGACCGCGCGGAGGCCUGGGUGCUGGAGACCAUGGGGAAGUACUGGGCCGCCGAGCAGAUCACAGAGGGAGUGAAGUGUAUUUGCAAUCAGCUUUCACUCACCACUAAGAUUGACGCGGAGCAUCCCGAACUCAGGAGUUAUGCUCAGAGUCAAGGCUGGUGGACGGGAGAGGACGAGUUCAAUUUUUCUGAAGUUUUUUCGCCAGCUGAUGACCACCUAGACUGCUGUGCAGGCAAAGACAGCUUAGAAAAGAAAGAAGAAAGCAUCACUGUGCAGACCAUGAUUGACAUCUUACGGGACAAAGCCGGUGGAGUCUGUAUAGACUCUGAGUCCUUCCUUACCACGGCCAGCGUCGUGUCUGUUCUGCCUCAGAACAGAAGCUCGCCGUGCAUUCACUACUUCACUGGCACCCCGGAUCCUUCCAGGUCCAUAUUCAAGCCUUUCAUCUUUGUGGAUGACGUAAAACUUGUCCCCAAAGCACAAUCCCCCUGUUUUGGGGACGAUGACCCUGCCAAAAAGGAGCCUCGGUUUCAGGAGAAGCCCGACCGCCGGCACGAGCUCUAUAAGGCCCACCAGUGGGCGCGCGCUGUCAUCGAAAGUGACCAGGAGCAGGGUCGCAAGCUGAGGAAGACCAUGUUGGAACUAGAGAGGCAAGGCCUGGAAGCCAUGGAGGAGAUUCUGACCAGCUCUGACCCUCUGGACCCCAUUGAGGUGGGGGACCUUUUCUAUGACUGUGUUGACACUGAGAUUAAGUUCUUUAAGUGAAGUAAGCAUUCCCUCUCUUCUUCUUAUUUAAACGUUCCCACCUUACUAAAUUACCAGCAAAACAAACCACUCUCCUGUCUGAGUAAAACGAGAAAGUUCAGAUGCAUUUAAGCCACACUCUUGAGUUCUGCCUUGAAUCCCAACAAUGUCCCCUUCUUCGACAACGUAGCCCCCCUUCUUUUGCGAUGUCACGUGUAUCCAUUUGCCUGUCGUUCGAUUGUGUGACUCAUUGUGGAUUUUCAGCUGCUAUCGUUGUAUUUCAGUGACAGCGGACACAUCAGCCUUCUCACAGAGGACGAGGGUUCAUCAGGCCUCCGCAGGAGGCUCCACAGUACUGAGUGUGUGAGAAAAGCAAACUCUAUCGAAGUCUUAUUCUUUCUUUCAGGAAUGGUUUCUUUCAGGUUAAAAAGGCCCAGGGCUCCUGUGUGGGUACUUGAGGGAGAAGCCACCCGGCCUCCCUUCCCAUGAGUGCAGGCCUGUGGUGCAGAAUGUCUGCACACAUGUCUGCUGAAGGACAAAACCAAUGGGAAGGAACAGAGGGGGCCCUCUCUAGUCCCAGCUCAUCCUGAUUCUCGUGAUUUUAAGGAGCCUGUCCUCUGCCCACUGCGCUUGCGUGCGGUGGACCCGCAGACGGCUCCUGUGUGCUUGUGGGAGGGCUGGUUGGCGGAGGUAGCUAGAACUGCCCAUGUUAGAGAUUUGGGGGCAGCCAUGCUCGUGGCUUCCCCACGUCACCACGUGGCUCUCUGCACAGUAGCUUACCCACCCCUUGGCCUUGCGUAGAAACGAUUUUGGCCCCAGUUAUGGCCAUCUACUCCAGGAUUAAUUAAAUGGCCCUAUGGCAUAGUUCUACCCCACAAAGCUGCGAGUUUCUCCAGCUCAUGAGGGAAAGAAAAGGAGAGGCGCUUGGCUGUUCAGAUUCUCAUUAAAGUAGCUGGAAUCGGAGUGGCGACUACGGUAUCUCAGCAGAGACUUUCAUUCAGUUGAUUUGUUUCCAAUGUCGUGUUCACACGAAGCAUUUGAUUUACCCCCGGAGAACAGGAGAGUGUGUGAGGAAGACCAGAUGGGCUCAGCAUUGGGAAGACAGAGGGCAAUGAGGUGGCAGGUGGAUGCAGGAGCAGAUCACUACAGGGUAGCGAUCCAGCCCCCCAGCUCUCCUGCCCGGCUCAUUAUAUCCCACAAAGCUGUGUACGAUGCCCUGGCCCUCUUCCUGGCCCUCCCUUUAUUCCUCAUGCCCGCAUGUCCUGGUAGCUGCCCUCACAAUGAAGGCAGCUGAGGUGGGCAAGUGCAGUGGGGCUUACCUCCAGCCAUCGAAACUCUCAAGCACUCUGGAAACGGACAGAGGGCAGAGAUGAUGAAUGGAUGUAUAUGCAGGUAAGCGGCUAGUGGAAGAGCAGCAACCCAUCAUUCCAACCUCACCCGUACCCUUUGGGCCUAAUCAUGUCUCAUCCUGGUAGCAAUUUGCAAGUGGAAAUACCGUGAGUGUCAGUAAUCUUCGAAGCGACCUUGGGUUAGUGACACUGCAUUGACAGCGGUGCACGACAGGCAAUGAGGGCUGGAGGGGACGUGGGUCUCACACACAGAUGUGGACAUGCAGGGUCACCAGUUUUAUCGGAACACAUCUGGUUUUUCUACCAGCUCCCCUUUAAGCGUGUAGGUACAAAAGCACCAUGAGCUUUUGGGUCCAGUUUUGUAAGUUCUGUACGUAAAAUCGCAAAGGAAAAGUGACAAGUGGUGGGAGAUGAGAAGGAUAUUUUGAGAGCUGAGAGAGCCAACACAGCCAUUUGUGGUGGCUGGUAGUUGCUCUGUGUCAUUCAGGGCUUUCACUGUGGAUGAACUCAGGGUCUUCUGUUAGAUGGAACGGCCAUUCUCAAAGCAUCUGUAUACAGGUGCUGAGUUGGGGGAGGGGGAGCUUUGGGGGUGACAUUAUAGGUACCUCACCCUGCCUAAGUCCACCUGCUGGGUGGUUAUUUAAAACAAGGUUAUGUGUUAAGCUGCCCUAAAAUUCCACCAUGUGGUUUCACGUCCACCUCUUACAGAAACAUUUCAUCAGACCUGAGAUGUCUGAGGUACCCAAGGUGAUUUGGGGCUUACCAAAAGAAGUCUAGUGAGAAUAAAUUACACAGGGGUCCACUUUCAUUAUUAUGGGCCAAACAUUAUUAUGGGCCAACCAGUCUAUGCCAUUUCUUAACCGCUGUGAAGUGGGAAAUACAAUGGCUACUUCUUUUAGGGCACACUGACCUUUGUCCAGGAUCUCAAAGAAGGGCCAACCCUAAAUGAGAAUUGUCCGGGCUAAAUGGUGUACGUCACAAUUGUGAUGCCCCAGUCUUACCACCAGGGGCCGUGGCAGCCCUCCAAGGCGAGGCUGGGCAGAAGUUCGUCGGGCCUGGGACACUUCCGUCGGGCACAGAGAGGGGUCUGUGUACAGUCAAACUCCCAGUAAUAGCGAGGAUGAAUUCUCUGUGCAUUGGGUGGUGUGGAGAAAGACAAGAAGAGAGUAGAGAAUCUGUUGAUGAGGCUGUACUCACUUCUAGUGACUUUUAUCGACUCAUGUCAACUGCUUGAAAUUUGAUCUUGGAUUUUGAGCAGGUUGCCGGGGGGAGGUUUCUUUCCAUAUUCUCCUAACAGACCCUGCUGUUGGAAAAUGCUUGUCAUUACCUGGAUAAGUUCUUGACCAGGGAUUGCUUUUUCUAAAGGCAAUAUGGAGAAAAUGAAUAUUCAAGAUGAGCCAAGAAAGCAAUGUUUAAAGGCCAGUGUGUAAAUAGCUUCCUGAAAUAACUCUCUGUGUGUCUAUUAAGACUUGAAUGGGAGAGCCGUGCAUACUUUGUGCAGAAGGAGGACAUGGCUGUAAAGGAUGGAAUUUCUCCCCCAAUCCCAUGCCCCUUAACCAAACGUAAGCUACUUAGUCUUGUCUAAUAGAUGGCACUGCCAUAGAUGAAGACAGCCCUCAUCCCAUAAGGGGGCAGGGGCUCCAGAAAAAGUAUAUUAGCAAAGCAGAAGUAGUACUCUUCGUUCUUGGAGGUGGUUUGGAACUUCCAGUAGAAUAAGCAGAUACUUGAGAUUAUGGUGAUCCUUUAGCGCCACAGUGUUACUAUUAGACAGUCUUCCUUACAAGCUAACAGAGCAGGUGUAUGCCUAUUAGAUACUAGCAGUGAAGUUCCUUUACAAUUGGGCCGAUUAUUAGGUAUAAAAAAGAACGAGCAGCCAGGCAAACCACUCCGCUCCCUAACGUACGUCACCUCACACUGGUACAGGCGUCUCACAGCUCUGGCUGGCCUCAGCACGGAAGCCAGGGGGGACCGUUGUGUCUGCUGUGACACCCCUCACUGCAUCCUUGACUGAAGAACAGUCAUUUGUCGGGGAGGUCUUUGGCUGAGCUCGCAGCUUUAGGAAGGAAGCACAUGGAGGAAGGAGGGAGGGGAGCCCCCCCACUUGCUGGCCGUUCCCCGUACGGAGGGGGUGGAGUGACAGGUCACAUGCACCUGCUCUCCCAGCACCAUGCUGUUGCCUCGCUGUGGCUGCGGCGUUUCGUUCUGCACGCCCCCAAGCCCCAGCUCUGCUCCCACGGUUUGUGUCAAACGUGCUUUAUCUGCGCGACUUCCAACAUUCCGAAAUGUCACAUGCAGAUUUCUCAUGGGAAUGAAUAUGUAUGUGUUUGCAAUCAUGUCGUGAGAAGUUCCAUGUGUGAGCUGGAAAAUGCAAUUGGCAGGGAAUACUAACAAAGAAAAUCUUUCCGUUUCCUGCAGUGGGGACUGACUGUGUAGUCUUAACAGCCUUUUGUACAAAUAUCGAUGAACCUGAUAACUUCCCCAUCCAGUGCUUGCCCUUGGAAUUGUCUCUAAAUACGUCAAGCAUACAA